AUGGUCAAGCUCGUCAUUAAGCGCGGGUAUCCCGUGAAUGCCGUGGCCGAGGACGGCAUCACCCCUCUCUCCCAGGCCCUUUUUGUCAAAAGUCUGGAGGUUGCAAGAUACCUGGUUCUUGAGGAAGGUGCUGAUGUCAAUGAGGGAGGCACGGGUCUUCGCGGCUCUUCCCUCCACAUUGCCUGCCGUGAGCCGGGUCUGGGUCUUGAAUGGGCAAAGCUCUUGGUUGAACGGUAGUUGGGACGUGCUACACGUGCUAUACUUGCAAAGACUAUUGAAUUUGCUUCAGUGCCAUCACUCCGCACUCAACGGGCGCAUACAGCGGUAUCCCACGCAUGAAUUGGAUGUAGUGCCCGAAGAUGAGGGAAACAAUCAAUCGACUGCAUCUGGGGUAGAUAAUGAUAAUGACGACGACGACGAUGAGGAAAGUGUUGAGAGAAGAAUCUGUGAAGUUCACAGCUACCAAGAUGCCACAAAGGACGAGUAUCAAGAGGACAAGAGCAAAGAAGAGGACACAGGGAAUGAUGGUGAUCAGUCAUGGUCCUACCAAAUCAGACGGUUAGAUGCUGGCAUCUAACCCGCCAUUCAGCCAUGGGAAACUUUUAUUGUUUCCAUCGAUGUAAACUACCCAC